AGCACCCUGAAUUUCUUUCGCUUCUGGGCUGGCUUUGGAUUGUUUGACUGCUAUAAUAGCUCUUCUCCCCGAUGACGGCCUUUAUGCACCGUACUUAGAUCUCCGCUUCUCCGGCGUCUGACGAUUGGACCGGUCACAUUAGGAGUACGGACGCCUGCAUUGUAUAUAUCUGCAAAGCUUUAGAGGGCCUAGUGAGACCGGUUUCCCCUCCUCCGGUUUACCUUCGAUCUUCUCCGCCCCCUCCCCCUCCGCACCAGGAGUUUACCUCUCCAACUACCUCCAAACGGCCAUUGAGCAUGAGCAUUUCGCGGAAACCACUCCCGGCUGCUCCUGGAAAUCGGGAACCCUUUGCCCGGGUUGACGGGGAUAGAGAGCAACAAGUGCCGAAUGCCGCAGCUGAGAACGAUUACGAUAUACCGCCUAUUCCCACCUCUGCGUUCGCUCACAUGUCAAUUGAAGAUCCGCCGCAUACGCAUGCAAGAGGUUCUAGUUCUCAAUUCCCGCCACGACGAGAUUCGUAUGCUGCCACACGUGGUGGUGGAGCGCCCAUUCGUCAUACGCCUGCCAGCAGUGGCUCUUGGUCGGUCGUAGAUGCCCAGAUCAAAGACGAACCGACCAAUGUGGCAAAGACAAGUGAUUCGUCAUUGGAUCAAGGUGCGCCAAGUGGCAGUCGGAACGGCUCAUCGCGCGGUAGUUUGGAUAGUGUGGUUCAUGAAACAGAGCCCUAUGAACCUUUACACUACCAUCACCGUCCGUAUCAAACCUUUGGGGCUGCUCCGGCAGGAUCAGCAGAGAAUUCCGUCAGUACAACCGGCCAUCUCACCGUGGGCAAGCCUCGCAGACCGCACUCCGCGUACUCUUUCGGAUCGGACCUCGACGGACGGAACGGGUCUCCUCAUGCAUCUCCGUAUCUUCACGCGCGCUCGUCGUCCAGUGCAUCACCCGAUGUUCGACCACUAUCUUUCGUCGAUCUCCUCAAUACACCUUAUCCUCAACCAGGCCCUGCGCCAGUGCAACUUGGUAAUGCACACCUCCGCUCAUCUGUCGGGAACAAUGCGUCCUUGCUCAGCCAUAAGCAAACCUUUGACAUGUAUCUCGCCAAUGUCAAGAAGACGGAUAACCCAGCGAUUCAAUAUGAAUUUGCUGUGUUUAUGGUCAAUGCCAUGUUGGACAUGCCGGAUGAUACACUAGAAGGGGGCGCGGCAGCCGUCUAUGGUCGAAAAGAGCCGGAGAUCACUCGCUCAAGUCUACUCAAAGAAGCCAAGUCAAUCCUGCAACGCUUGUCUGAUCGCAGCUAUCCAUUUGCACAAUAUUACUUGGCCGACGGUUAUGCAUCGGGGCUGUUCGGCAAAGGCAAGGAGGACUACGAUCGGGCGUUUCCCCUGUUUCUCGCGGCUAGCAAGCACGGUCAUGUUGAAGCCUGUUACCGUACGGCGCUCUGCUACGAAUUUGGGUGGGGAACUAGAGUUGAAGCGGCGAAAGCCCAACAAUUCUAUCGUCAAGCCGCGUCGAAAAACCAUCCAGGUGCCAUGAUGCGAAUGGCAAAGGCUUGCCUGGCAGGUGAUAUGGGUCUCGGCAAGCGGUAUCGAGAAGGCAUCAAGUGGAUGAAGCGUGCCACAGAAUCCGCCGAUUCACAGUACAAUUCUGCCCCUUAUGAACUGGGUUUGCUGCACGAAGAGGGAUACGGUGACGAUGUCUUCCCGGAUCCUUCCUAUGCAGCACAGCUCUUUACAAAGUCGGCAGAUUUGGGACAUGUCGAGGCAAGCUAUCGCCUUGGGGACGCUUAUGAGCAUGGCAAACUGAGUUGCCCUCGUGACCCCGCCCUGAGCAUUCACUUCUAUACCGGAGCUGCGCAGGCAGGUCAUCCAUUGGCAAUGAUGGCUCUCUGUGCAUGGUAUUUGGUUGGUGCUGAGCCUGUGCUAGAGAAAGAUGAGAGUGAGGCGUACGAAUGGGCUAAGCGAGCAGCAGAAACUGGACUGGCGAAAGCACAGUAUGCAGUGGGAUAUUUUACCGAAAUGGGUAUUGGCUGUCGUCGUGACAUUCUGGCAGCCAACGUCUGGUACGUACAAGCGGCUGACCAGGGCGAUGCUCGAGCGACGCAGCGAAUUGCCGCCAUCCGAGCUGCUUCGGAUGGUGUGGAUCCAGCACAAGCUGCUAUCAACAGCCGUGGACAAAAGGGGAAAAAGGGUAUGCUUCCCAUAUGAUCUUGACGACUUUCGGGAUAUGUUGCUAACUGGGUGGGGGCAACAGAAGGCGCAAAGACAAAACGAUUUGGCAUUUUUUGAGACACGUUACGAAACCGCUUACAUUGAAUUCUGCAUUGCAUAUCAUUUGACUCACCUCUUACCGCACGACACUUACUGGAAUAAUACAUAAUGGCAGCGACACACUUGUGACAAUGCUCUAUUUGAUUCUCACCGAUUUUUGCAUAUUCUCCAUGAGCUUUGGCAUUGGUUUAUCUCCGUAUAUAGCUCCGUCCGACUGUUCUGGGAACGGCUUCUGUUUCUGUACGCGAUAGCGUUCCAUUCUAUGUUACAUGUUCAUCCUCGAGAAGUUCAUUUCAAUACAUUGUGAGACAUGGGAACAUAUGGGGGCCCUGGAUAUACUCUAAAGUCGUUCUGUUGCAAUAUUUCGUACUGCUCGGUUUGCACAUCGUGUGGUUUAUUCGAAGGCGUAUUGGAGUCAUCAAAACACUAAUGAAUUGGUUCAGUUUCUUUCUCCGGACUUACCUUUCAUACUUCUCCUUGAGCUAUACAAGUCGCGUUGAUAAGAAUGCGGUUGAAGACUGCCAGCGCCGAAAAUCGGUGACGUCAUCUACAGCAGCAUUCCGAAUUUCGUCUCACGCAGACGUCUAGCCGGCCUCAAUGAUUGAUCACAAGCAAAGAAAAUGUUGCUAAGAUUAUCUU